UCAUACAACUGUGAAUGGCGGGAAGUUGUGAUGUGAGGUUAUGGGGAUAAAUUAAUGUUUUUGGUUUGCUAUGUUUCUACCGGCUGAACAUGUUUGUGUUCGUUGUAAGGGACCAUUUCCAUUUGAAAAUUGAUGUAACGGUAUAACGGUGUGACAUAUUUAUACACUUUAUUUUCGUUUUGGCAUUUUAUGAUUUUUUAAACGCGGAAGAUGGAAGAACAAAAAUACAUUCGAAGAAAGACGAAGGCAAAGAGUGAAGGAAAUCUUGAACAGCUGUCACAUGCCUGUAAUAAACUGGGGGAGCUACACUUCAAACACAGUUCUUAUGAAGAUGCUUUGAAAGAGUAUAAGGAAGAGGCGACAGUGUAUGAAACCCUGGGGAGCGUUAUCAGGCUUGCAGUGGCACACCGGAUGAUUGGGGAGGUGUACACCAGCAUGGGAAAGUAUGACAAAGCUUUGAAACACCAGCUGAAACACUUGGAAUUAGCAAGAUCAGAGGCCAGUCAGAUAGAAGAACAGAGAGCACUUGCAACUAUUGGCCGCACGUACUUCUGUCAGGCAGAGAGCAUUGUGAAUGAUGAUGAAUUACACCAGUCUGCGCUGACAAAUGCUAAGAAUGCCUAUAUGAAAAGUUUAGAUCUGUGUGAGAGGUUAAGAGGAAUUGGAAAUUUGGAACACAUGGAAAUGAGGGCGCGGCUCUUAUUGAACAUUGGCCUGGUGCUGGAGUGCCAGCAUGACAUACAGAAAGCCAUUGACAACAUCCAAAAUGCUGUACAAAUCUGUAAAGAGCAUGAUCUGUUUGAAGACCUGUUUCGCUGUUACUCCUCUCUUGGCAUGUUAUACUAUCGCCAGCUCGACAGCAGUAAGGCACUGCAUAUGCUUGAACUGGCACUAGAUGUAGCCAGCAGACUUGAAGACAAAAUACAAUUAUCCUGUGAGGUCUCCAUUAACAAAGCUGAGGUUCUGUUCAGUCUGCCAGACUUCCGUGCAGCAAAACAGGCACUACGCCAUGCAUACAAGCUUAACACUCCCAUAGAAUCAGACAGGAAGACAAUAGCAAAGAAUUUGAAACUUGCUAUUGCAAUGUGUGAUGCUGAAGAACAGUUGCAAAAUGUACCGGACACCGAUUACAUCACCAAGAAGAAACUCUAUGAGACCAUGGGAGAUGGUUGUGUUACUGUGAAGAACUAUGCAAGAGCCCUAGAGUAUUAUCGGAUGAUGCUGAAGUGUGCAGAGGCUAUAGGAGAAAGUGGUCAACAGUUGGCUGCAGUGUAUGUAUCACUGUCACAGACCUAUAAGGACAACGAGCAGUAUGACCUGUCAUUGGAGUUCUUUCGUAAGGAACUAGAACUAUGGGAGAACAACCCUGCAGAGGCUUGUAAAACGAUGCUCAGUAUUGGUGAGGUGUUAGAACUACAAGGUGCGUGUUAUGAGGAACUGGAGGAAACGUACAACAGAGCUCGACAGUUGGCCCAGCAGGCUUCCAGCCUGACACUGGAGGCUAUGGUGUUGCGUGUGCUUGAAGGUGUCCAAAAGUUGAAAGGUCAUGAUGCUUUGGCACUUGAGACACAGAGGGAGUUGCAGCUUAUAGACAGAAAUGCCAAGGAUGAGACAAGUGGCUCUGAGGAUGAAGAGGCUUCACCUGACAUUGGACAUGACAUCUGUCUGGAAACUUACACAGAUUCUGAAAGUGAGAAUGAAGAGUUUGAUCGUCCAAACCAACCUCGCAGGCCUGUACGUCUCAAAGUUCGGAAAAAUGAGAAAGGAGAAACACAGCUUCACUUGUCGUGUAUGAAUGGCAACCUGGCACUUGUCAAGAAGCUCGUAGAACAAGGUCAUCCUGUGAACAUUCGUGAUCACUGUGGAUGGUUGCCACUGCAUGAAGCCUGCAAUCAUGGGCACCGUGAUAUUGUGGAGUUCUUGAUAGAUAAGGGGGCAGCACUCAAUGACCGUGGAGGCUCGCAGUGUGGCGGAGUCACUCCUCUUCAUGAUGCAGCCUCUUGUGGGCACCUCGAUGUGAUGGAGCUGCUGCUGGAUCGUGGGGCAUCUGUUGUGUCACGCACCAAUGAAGGUGAUACACCACUUGAUUGUCUGGUGAAGUGGUAUCAACGCACAGACAUAAGAUUUGGUCCUGUGGAGCAAACAUUUUUUGAAGAAAUUCAGAUGCGUCUGAGAACUGCACUUGAGAAAGCUGGUCACCAUGUAGGGAACCUCACACCUCCAUCCACAGAUGGAAUUUCUACUUAUUCUCAUAAGAAGAAAAGGUCUAGACCAGCUGCAGCUCUGAGUAGAAUGGUGGAUGAUGCAAGCUUAGGGGAUGAAGAUGCAGCAUCAAGAUGGCGCCAGACCCAUCCAAAGAGUGAUGUCAUCCUUCAUGAUGAUCCACCUGCACUGCAUCACCAGGAUAUAGAUGCUGAUGAUGAUGAUGAUGAUGGCUGGAUUGGGUCUGGGCAGGAGAUGCAAAAUGCUGGAGAGGAGUAUCGCAAUGUCAUGACAAUGCUAAGAAAGAAAGAGCAAACAAGGAAGGAGCCAAGCUCGUAUACUGAAGUAAAAGAAGUGCAGGGGUUCCUUGCAGAAGAUGAUGUUGGGGAAGACUGGCUUGAUGAUGAUAUGGCAGGCAUCACCAGACCAAACAAGAAGAGACGUCUUGCAGCUCCCAUUGAGAAACACAGGUUGGAACUUAUGACUGGCUUAGGUAGGAGAUGCAGGGCUGCAGAGACAGCUGAGGAUUUGCAGAUAGAGGAAGUUCUAACACCAAUGGAAAACAGGUCACAUCCAAAUGUCAUCACAGGUCUCCAUAAGUGCAGAUCUCUGGGAGGGCUAAAAGUUCUGCAGCAGUCAGUUUUACCAGACAUGGGGCUGACCACAAUAGCAACUUCUCAGUCUAUCAAGUCUCUUGAAUCAGUAGUUCCUGGAACCAGCAAACCAAGUGAGCUGGCUGCAUCACAGUUGGUGCGAGUGCGUGUUGAGAACAGAUUGUUGCUUGUGCCAGUAACAGUGCCAGAACAACAGACCAUUGGCUGGCUGGCACGGGAGGCUGCUAGAAGAUACUACAGUGUUGAAGGCCUGCAGCCUUCUCUGAGUCUUUCCACAAAAGAUGGGGCACUUCUGUCAGAAGAUGAUCCAGUCUUACUUGUGGGCAGUGAGGAAGUCAUGUGUACUGUAAUAUCAUGGAACAUCCCACCAUUGACAGAUCGCUACAUGGAGUCCUGCCAAGCCUUGUGCUCAGCACCAGACACACACAUCAUUGCCUGUCUGGAAGUCAGUCAGGCCACUCAGAUCUUGCAGUUAUCAAACUUGGCAUUGCCUGCAUCACAGAUGGCACCACUGUUUCGAGCACUUAAUCGACAGCAUACACUGCAGCAGCUUCUUCUUGGAGGUAACUGCUUUGGUGAUUAUGGAGUCAAGUUGCUGGUUGCAGGUUUGCCAACAUUAUCUAACCUACAGGAGCUGGAUCUCAGCUGCAACAACAUUUCAGCAGAUGGUAUCCUCCAUCUUAGCACUGUGUUCUCCAACACCACAGCACCAGCACUGCAGGCCCUGGCAAGACUAGACCUGAGUCACAAUCCACUGGGUGAUGGUGCUGUUAAACACAUGAACAUCAUGCUGCCUCACCUUGUCUCUCUCACUGUUCUUCAGUUGCAAGACUGCCAUCUUACUACCAACUGCUUCAAGUCAGAAGAUGUAUUGUUGUGUUUGGAUUCCAUUCGUGUACUUGAUGUUAGCUACAAUGCACUGGGUGGAAGCGGUCUGUUGGGUUUUCUGGGCCGGCUGUGUCCAACUGAAAUUGUUAGCCUGAAUCUUGGUGCUACCACAGCAUGUGAUGGUCAGUCUGUGGCACGAGAGGUGAUACUCAUGUUUACAGAGAAGGAAGGGUUCAGCAAACUAACAACACUCAAUCUCUCCAACUGUGGGCUUAGGGAUGUGGACAUCUGGCAUUUGCUUAGAGUACUUCAGAAGUGUGGUGCACUUGAAACACUACAAUUGAGUGGAAAUGCUGAGCUGAGUUCUGUGUCAUUGCGCCGCCUUUUGCAGCACCAGCCUGCAUUACGCACUGUUGACCUGUCUGGCUGCACCAGUAUUGCCAACUUUCUUGGGGACUCGUCCCCUCAACUAUGGGUAGCACAAAAAGGCCAGAAGAAACUUGAAUCACUGACAUUAAACUCACAGGGCUUUGACAAAGAUGAAAUGGAAGCAUUAUGGUGGGAAGCAUGGGGACCUAGAGCCUGUAUACAUAGGGCUCCAGGGGGGCUACUUUAUUUGUCACUGAAGGAGUAAGUUGUUUAUGAAGUGGACAUUAUACUGACAUGUACAAGGUCUGAUUGUAUGAGUAAAAAUGAACAUAUUUAUGAA